AUGAUUGUCGCAGUCAACAAGAUGGACUCGGUGCAUUGGUCCAAGGACCGAUUCGAGUACAUCCAAACCGUGCUCCGAACGUUCUUGGUCCAGUCGGGUUUCAAGCUCGACCAGUUGCGGUUUGUACCCGUGAGUGGGUUGACUGGAGAGAACCUCAUCAGCCCCGUGGACGAUGUGACGGAUGCGGCAUGGUACCUGGGACCGACCUUGGUGCAAGCGAUCGAUACGUUUGCGCCGCCGCAACGGCCCAUCUCGAAGCCAUUCCGCAUGGCCGUAUCUGACGUGUCCAGGUCGAUGAGCUUGGGGCUGACUGUGUCGGGGCGCAUUUACACGGGCGCGCUGUGCACGGGCGACACGGUGCUCGUGAUGCCGGGGGGCGUGCGCGCGACGGUGAAAGCGAUGGAACUAAACGGGAUGCCGGUGCUGACCGCGUCGGCCGGCGACAACAUGGACUUGGGUCUUGUGGGGAUCGAUCCGUCGGCGCUGUUUGUCGGCAGCAUCUUGUGUUCGAUCGUGUCGCCCGUCCGGAUGGUGCGCAAGUUUGAGGCGCAGAUCAUGACGAUGCCGGGACUCGAAAUCCCAAUCGUCAAAGGCACGUGCAUGACGCUGCACAUGCACAGCAUGGACGAACCCGUCCACGUGACACGCCUCGUGAGCACCCUCAAAAAGUCGGGCGACGUCGACAAGAAAAAGCCGCGAUGCAUUACGCGCAACAGUUCGGCGGUCAUUCAAAUCACGACCCACCGGCCGCUCUGCCUCGAAGUGUUUGCCGAGUUUCGCAGCCUCGGCCGGUUUACGCUUCGCGACCGCGGCAUCACGUUGGCGGCAGGCAUCGUCAGCGACAUCCUGUAG